CUACCAGUCACACCAUCGCCUGGCAUAAAGCCAUUGAGACACCCUGCCUGCUUCAAUCGUCUCUCAACAAACCUCACAACAAUAUGGCAGCCCAACAAGCUGCAGAUGCGGUCAAGGACGCCGUCCAAAGCGUUGCCGAUGGAGUUCAAAACCUGACCACCGCAAACGGGACCACGCCGAACACUCUGCUCGACGAGGUGACCGGGGAAUACGUGUCCAAGACGGAGUUGAAGAAGAGACAGAAGCAGAGGGAGAAGGAUGUCAAGAAGGCGGAAAGAGAGGCUACAAGACAGGCCCCGCCUCCCCCAAAGAACCGAGCGGCCAGCGCGGAGGAGGAUGAGAGCAAGCUCAACGCGAAUCAAUACUUUGAGAUUCGGUCGCGUGCCGUCAAGCGCAUGAAGGACACCCAAAACCCCAACCCCUACCCUCACAAGUUCCAUGUCACAUACGACUUGCGCAACUUCGAGUCGCAGUAUGGUCAUCUCAAGAAGGGUGAAGUGCUCAAGGACAAGGUACUCAGCAUCGGAUGCCGAAUCUACAACAUCCGCCGGUCGGGCGAAAACUUGCGCUUCUACGAGGUCAGCGUCGACGGUGCCGAUAUUCAGAUCAUGGCGCAAGCGCAAGAAAGCACAGCGGAGCGCCCUUUUGCCGAACAACACGACAUUCUCCGACGUGGAGACAUCAUCGGAGUCACUGGCUAUCCCGGCCGCACAAGUCCCAAGGCCGAGGACAACCCUGGCGAGCUGUCCAUCUUUGCGCAGAACGUCAUCCUACUCUCUCCAUGCCUUCACCAAAUCCCGUCGGAGCACUACGGCUUCAAGGACCAGGAGGAGAGAUAUCGCAAUCGCCAUCUUGACCUCAUCAUGAACAAGUCCACCGUCCAGACCUUCCGCACCCGCUCGCGCAUCAUCAAGUACAUCCGCAACUACUUCGACAGCAAUGGCUUCGAGGAGAUGGAGACGCCCAUCCUGCUGAAGAACGCGGGCGGAGCGACUGCGCGGCCAUUCUUUACGGAACACAACGAGCUCAAGAUGACUUUGGCGCUACGCAUCGCUACGGAGUUGCCGCUCAAGCAGCUCAUCGUCGGAGGCAUCCACAAGGUGUACGAGCUCGGGCGUCAAUUCCGAAACGAAGGCAUCGAUCUCACCCACAACCCCGAAUUCACGACUUGCGAAUACUACGAAGCCUAUGCGGAUGUGUAUGAUGUGAUGGAGCGUACAGAGGAUCUGGUGGAAGGCAUGGUCAAGACGUUGACGGGCGGAGUGGAGACCACGUUCAACACUCUAACGGGUGAGACGUACAAUGUCAACUGGGCCAAGCCGUGGAAGCGAGUUGAGAUGAUUCCCGCGUUAGAGGAAGCUUGCGGCGAAGCCUUUCCGCCGGGAGACCAACUCCACACUCAAGAAAGCAACGACUUCCUUCGGCGCAUGCUCAAGAAGACCGGCCUGGAGUGCUCACCCCCACUCACCAACGCCCGCAUCAUCGACAAGCUUGUCGGCGAGUUCAUCGAGGAGAAGUGCAUCAACCCCACCUUCAUCACCGGCCAUCCGCAAGUCAUGAGCCCCCUCGCCAAGUACCACCGCAGCCUGCCCGGUCUCACGGAGCGCUUCGAGGCCUUUGUCUGCAAGAAGGAAAUCGUCAAUGCCUACACCGAGUUGAACGAUCCGUUCGAUCAACGUCUGCGUUUCGAGGAGCAGGCCAUGCAAAAGGCGCAGGGUGAUGACGAAGCUCAAGUCUUGGACGAGGGCUUCUUGAACGCCCUCGAGUACGGCCUUCCGCCGACCGGAGGCUGGGGCAUGGGCAUCGACCGGAUGGUCAUGUUCUUGACAAACCACUACAGCAUCAAGGAGGUGUUGACCUUCCCGUUCAUGAAGGAUGAGCAGGCGGCGCCGAGGCCCAAGGCGGCGGAGGUUGCCGGGGUGCAGCCGCUGCCGGUAGAGGGGAUUCGUGAGUUUUGACCCGUGUGUAUCUCGGAAUAUUUGCUAAUAAGAUCUACAGCUCGUCCGUGAAAUGGCGUUGGGUUGGUAGCAACAUUUUCGGCGUCUGCAUGGAGGAGACUUUGCGUGGACUGGAGAUUGGGGUUCAGAGAGGUACUCCAACAUUAGCAGCAGUACCAUACUUCCAAUCAACGAACCCGUACCUUUGAACACCCUUACUUUCCUGCUACUUGGACAUCCUCCGCUUUCAGCCAUUGGCUUGUAGUAACAAAGAAAAUUCCCAAACACCAACUUUGACAUGCUCUCUUCAACACGGUAUGGGUGGAAGGCUCGCCCUGGUCUCUGCUGUAACAAUGUACAUGACACCGCCAGCAUGAAUUAAAGAGGCAUCGAUUGCAUGG